AUUGGCCCUUCCCGCAACCCGUAUUUCUGGAGCUGCGCAUGCGUUCAUUUCAUUCUGUAUAUUUACGCAGCGGCCAGUAAACAUGGCCGGUGUUGGUUUCCGAAUGUGGGCCAAGGCACUCGCUAAGGGGAGAAGUUCUGGCUUGUCGGCCCUUUUAUCGGGAUGUAGAGCAGCCUCCGGUGUAUCAAAAGGCAGUCUGCCUGGUCCAUACCCAAAGACCCCAGAGGAGAGAGCUGCUGCAGCGAAGAAGUACAAUUUGACGGUUCAGGACUACGAACCAUAUCCCGAUAACGGCGAGGGCUUCGGUGACUACCCAAAACUACCAGACAGGUCCCAGCAAGAGAGAGACCCCUGGUACCAGUGGGACCACCCUGACCUGAGGAGGAACUGGGCUGAGCCGAUGCACUGGGACUUUGACAUGUUCAUCAGAAAUCGUGUCGAUACCUCACCCAGCCCAGUGCCGUGGUCCACAAUGUGCAAGCAUCUGUUUGGUUUCAUCGGAUUCAUGUUGUUCAUGUUCUAUGUGGGGGCAAAAUUCCCAUGCUACCAACCUGUUGCUCCAAAGCAGUAUCCCUACAACGACCUGUACUUGGAGAGGGGAGGAGAUCCUGAAAAACAACCUGAGGAAAUCAAACAUUAUGAAAUCUAAUACCUAAAAUACAAACUUACUUGUGUAUAUAUUUCUGGGAAGAAUAAAGACUAAUGUUAACUGUA